UACUUAUUUCACUCAUUUUUUUUGUAAUUUAUAAAUUUAACAAUAGGCAUCUAUUAAUGAGUAUUAUGAAAACAUGUUGAAGACGAUAUGAAACGCGAUUUGUAUGAUGAACGCGUCUGUCGCCGCCGGAGUGGGAUUGGUAUUCCUUUUACUGAUACUAUUUGUUAGAUGGAAAUGGAGAAAUAAUAAGCCACUUCCACACUACCAACCGUGUACACCAGUUCAAUUGGUACAUCGUCUGUGCCCCCACAACAACGUGGUGCAGAGCUUCGAGGUGGAACAAAAGGACAGUCUUGAUGAACAUCUUGAUGUACUUACAAGGAAGCUUGCCGAAAAGGAGGGACGGCUUCAUAUAUCAAAAUCAAAAAUUCGUGAAACCCAACUUGAAAUAGAAAACCUCCACGCCAUAGACAACGAUGUUAGGACAAGGUAUAGAGAGAUCAUGCAAUCACUUCGAAACGAUCUCCUUUCGAAUGAGAAAGAGUGCAAGAAGUUACAGGAAAAGAUCGAGUGGGUGUCGCGGAGACGCGCUGAGCUGAGAGAUGAGGUCCGUCGUGGUCAAAGAUUAUACGGCGAAGCAGCAGCUGAACUGGCUAGUAAUUUAACGGAACUUCAACGCGGUCGUUCUAUAGACUACAAAGUGAUAGACAAGCCCUACAAGCAAAGUUCUCUCACUUCUCUACGUCACAGGAAAGAGCCCAAUCUCCCUAAGGCGUCUCCGGUUAGCUCCUUACUUAUUAAAGGGUCACCGCUGUCCAAUGAAUCUUUUCGUAUUUCUGGCCGAUUCUAAUCUUCACAUUCUUUAUAAGCUAGUAUUUGUCAACUUUUGUUAAAACUAAAAUUUGAAAUUGUGUUUUCAUUUUAUAAUAAAGUAAAAUUAAAUAUUUUUUACUGUAA